UGCCCUGCUCCCUCCCACGCUUAGCUCUCGGCCUCUGCCGUCAGACCCCCAGAGGUGGGAAGAGUUAUCACUUUCUGGAUCUCUCGUCUACUGCAUUGGCCCCUGCGUUAACGCUCCCUUGUGCUACGGCCAGUGAGGCUGCGAUUGUUCCAGCGCCCCGGUACGAGGAGAGCAGCUCCUGCUCUCUGCGGAGCUGGCAGGAGGGUGCGGGCGGACGCUGCAGGCAGAGUCUCCGCGCGUCUUUCCUUCUUCUGGUUCUCCCCGCAACCCCAUCCGCAUCCCCCGCCCCCUCCUUGCUCUGCGGUUUCUCCCGGGCUGCGGGCAGACCGCUCCAUACAGCUGCAGCGCCCGAGUCUGGGCAGCCUGCGGGAGGCACACACGCCCACACCCACUCCGCCUGGCCGCAUCCUUGCCCAGCAUGUCUGCGCUUGAGUGGUACGCCCACAAGUCCCUGGGCGACGGCGUCUUCUGGAUUCAGGAACGCUUCUAUGAGUCUGGCAACCGCGCCAACAUCUGGCUGGUGCGCGGCUCCGAGCAGGACGUGGUGAUCGACACAGGCCUGGGGCUGCGCAGCCUCCCGGAGUACCUGUACUCCUCCGGCCUCUUGCAGGACCGCAGGGCCAAAGAGGAUGCGGCGUGCCGGCCACUGUUGGCUGUGGCUACCCACGUGCACUUCGACCACUCCGGCGGCCUCUACCAGUUCGACCGGGUGGCGGUGCACCACGCCGAGGCCGAGGCGCUGGCUCGCGGGGACAACUUUGAGACCGUGACCUGGCUCUCCGACAGUGAGGUGGUGCGGGCGCCGAGCCCGGGCUGGAGGGCCAGGCAGUUCCGAGUGCAAGCGGUGCAGCCCACCCUCAUCCUGCAGGAUGGGGAUGUGAUCAACCUUGGUGACAGACAGCUCACUGUUAUGCAUAUGCCUGGUCAUUCUAGGGGCAGUAUUUGCUUACAUGACAAAGACCGAAAGAUUCUCUUCAGUGGAGACGUCGUGUAUGAUGGAUCACUGAUUGACUGGCUCCCAUACAGCAGGAUAAGUGACUAUGUUGGAACCUGUGAACGUCUGAUAGAAUUAGUGGACAGAGGUCUGGUAGAGAAGGUGCUUCCUGGGCACUUCAAUACCUUUGGUGCUGAAAGGCUUUUUCGAUUGGCUUCUAACUAUAUUUCAAAAGCUGGGAUAUGUCACAAAGUUUCUACUUUUGCCAUGCGAUCUCUUGCAAGUUUAGCCCUACGUGUAACAAAUUCUAGGACCUCGCCCUAGUAUUUAAUUCUAUAAAUUAAUACAAUUAAUUCUGUGUUGUUUAAAAUAGUGAGCAUUUUAAGAAAUGCUUUUUUACUACUAUUAUGUAUUAGAGAAAAAAAGGUUGAGAAUGAAUAAGCCAAAAAUGGAACUUCUUAAAUUUUUUUCUUUUUUCCAAAUAAGAAACCACUUAAAUAAGAUUAUAAUUUGCCAAAGCUUGUAAUUUGCCAUCAUUCUGUAAUAUUUGUUCUAGAAAUGAUAUAGAGGUAUAUGGGGAAGCAAGGAGGCAUUUUGCAGUAAGAAAAAGAACUACCUUGCGUCUCAUUUCUCUCAUUUUAUUUCCUAGAUGACCUAGAAAAAAGAGCAUAAAGAGUUUUAUGUUUAUACUCUGAACUUGAUAUUUUUAAUAUAUUAUUUGAAGAUAAAGGUUUUUGGGUUUAAAGUACAUUAGAACUCAAAACUUAAACUAACAUUUAGAAUGACAGCUAAAACAAUCCAUUGUUACGGUACAGAAUUUUUUUUUUUUUUUUGCCUCUCACUGUUGUGGCCUCUCCCGUUGCGGAGCACAGGCUCCGGACGCAUAGGCUCAGCGGCCAUGGCUUACAGGCCCAGCCGCUCCGCGGCAUGUGGGAUCCUCCUGGACCGGGGCACAAACCUGUGUCCCCUGCAUCGGCAGGCGGACUCUCAACCACUGCGCCACCAGGGAAGCCCCUAUGGUACAGAAUUUUUAUGCUUCAUUUUAUUUAUUCUUAAUGUAAUUAUAGUGUACAUUAUGUGUUAUGUAAUUUUACGUACAAAAAGUACAAUGAAUUUUGUUUUAUUGUGAAGCUUUAAAUAUAAAUUGCAGAGUGCUUCAGUAAAAAGAAACUACUAUAUAUUGUUGUUUGUUAUUAUGUAAGUGUAAUACUUUCAAUUGUAAAAGUGAAAUUCAAAUGUCUGUAAUCUAACUAUAAAUUGUCAGAUUUCUCAAAAGGACACUGUCAGGGAAAUUUGAAAAUAUACACAUUAAGAGUAAUUUUAAAAUUAUAUCCUAUUUUAAUAAAAACAGCUAUAAUAAACAAAAUUUUUCUUUUUAAAUAGCAGCUUUAGUAUAUGUGUCAUAUUUUAUAGUACCAAACAACAUCCUAAUAUAAACCAUUCUUUUACUUAACAUAACAUACAUAUUUGCCACAGAAGGCUUUUCAAAUCAAUUGCAAAAUGUGCAUUAGAUAUUGACUUAGAGUGAAUUGCCUUUUUUAUCCUGAUUCACAACACCUAUUCCUGUUCAGUAUUCUUUGUCUUGAAUGAAAAGAAGUCUCCAUUUAUAAAGAUAUAGGAAAGAUUAUCCCACUAUUUAGUAAAAUGUUUUAGUUUGGUACUCUUAAUAAUUUAUUGAAAAGCCUUUUGGAAUAUUUCAUGAGGGUUUUUUAAACAGUUUUUUCACUGCCUUUUUAUUAUUGACAUAGCCUAAACCAAACUCAGAUAGCUUUGGAAAUCAGAUUUUUUAGUAUUAAGAAGGUCCAGCAAUUUUGAUUUCUGAAAAAAUGUGAAACUUUUCCUACCCAACACCCCACUCAGGUUCUUUAGUCUUUUAUUCAUUCAACACACACACACGCCCCCCACAUGCAUACACACAGUCACAUACAUACAUGCAUACAUUGUGCUAAACACUGUGGAAGCUUAAAAAGUCAGAGACUAUAUCCUAGCUGGAAGUAGAAGACAAACAAAACUUGAAUAAUAGUAUAUGCAGGUUGAAGUUAAUACAAAUUACACAUGAGUGUCAGGGACAUAAAUGGAGGGGUGUGAAGUUUGGUUAGGGAAAGGUUCCUGGAGGAGGAGUUUUUGAGUCAGAUUUGGAAGGAUGAUUUGUUGGGUGGUGAGGGUAGAAAACAAGAAUGGGGUUAUUUCUGCAUCCUCAGUGCUAAGAAUAGGGAUGGAAGUAUUGCUGUCUAGAGUAGGCUAUUCCUUGUGUCAAUUCAAUUUUCCGGUGUCUUAGAUCUUCUAAACACCAAGCAUUUAGCAUGAGAAAGAUGGGUCUGUGAUUGUAUAUAUAAGAAUCAUCCUUAUCACAGACAAACUGUACUGCCACAUGCCACAAAAUGAACUUACUUAAAAUCAGCAAGGAAGCCAUGGUUGUUGAAAUGAAGAAUAUCAUGGGAAUUUCUCUCUGACAGUCAUUCAAGGCAGUAGGUCUGUUUUAAUUGAUAGUGUAACAUCAAGAACAUAGAUUUGGUUCAGGGCAACUACAAACUAUAUCACUUAAUGAGCCUUAAAUAUAGCCAUUAUUUUUAUAUCAAUAGCACAAGAGAAAACCAAAAGUCCUUAACCAUUGACCAUUUUAUCAUAUUUUAGGACUUUUUAAAAAAAUCAGGUUAUAGUAGGCACUAAGUUUUAUUGAAAAAUAUUUAAACCUGAUGAAGGCUUUCCUUAUUUCUUAAAAGUGCGAUUUUUUCAAAGCACAUUGCACAUUGAUUUUAUUUUUAAAUUUCCCAGUUUUUUUUCCUGGUUUUUCAAAUUGUACCAAAACAUAAGACUGUGAUAUUUUGCUAUGGCUUCAAUGUGGGUAAAUUAGGGAAAGGAUGUAUCAUUCAUUUAGUGCCCAUGCUAUGCAUUUUAAAAUAGGCAUUAUUUAAUUUAAUCCUGGCCCCAGUGCCAAGAAGUAAUUGACCAGCCUAACACGACUUUGGACAAAGCUGGUAACUGAACACAGGUCUGUCUGCCUCCCAAGCUGAGCUCUUUCUCUUAUACCUGCACAAUAACAUAAAACUGGCAAAGUGUAUUUUUACUUCUCAAGAUGCCACAUGUGCCAAGAAUAAAUCAAGUGAUGUUAAAGCAUAAUAGCAUAUUUUAAAGAAGCUUUGAAAAUAUAUAUUUUCACCCUGACAGUGACCCUUGUUGUAAUUUAUGGUUUGGGGAAAUAAUAUUAUGUAAGUAUAAUUCAAAGUUGUCAAAACCUAAGACAUUUAGAAAUAAUUUUUAUUAUUCAUUUUGUUAAUAACUUAAUUUUUGGAAAUUCAGUUCCCUUAUUUGGUGUUUCCUUUUAACUGAGAAGUCUAAAACAAACAAAACCUUGUGUGUUAUCCUGAUAUAGCUGAAUAAAUGAAUAUGUGUCGUUGUUCUUAUAUGGAUAGUAAUAUGAAUGUGACAUGCACAAAUUGUCCUCUUAUAAUUUUCAGAUAAGUGUAAGUAAACAUUUAUGUGAUAACUAUUAAAGUGGACAUUUUAUUUCAA